AACUAUACAUAUGACAUGUUUUGUCAAAUUAAAAUAUCUAUAAUUUAUGCAUUUUCAUCUGUAGGUGGUGAAGUUCCAAGUCAAAAAUUGGCAGCUCUACAAAAAGUACUUCAAAGUGAUUUCUGUAAUGCAGUAAGAGAAGUGUAUGAACAUGUUUAUGAAACAGUUGAUAUUUCGGGCAGCCCUGAUAUUCGAGCUAGUGCUACUGCCAAAGCAACCGUAGCUGCUUUUGCAGCUAGUGAAGGACAUGCUCAUCCUAGAGUUGUUGAAUUACCAAAAACAGAUGAAGGAUUGGGUUUCAAUGUAAUGGGAGGAAGGGAACAGAAUUCUCCCAUUUAUAUAUCUAGAAUUAUUCCAGGAGGAGUCGCCGACAGACAUGGGGGAUUAAAACGAGGCGAUCAGUUGCUCUCAGUUAACGGAACAAGUGUAGAAGGAGAGAAUCACGAGAAAGCUGUUGAACUACUUAAAGCAGCUCAGGGAACAGUCAAAUUGGUGGUCAGAUAUACUCCAAAAGUACUAGAAGAGAUGGAGAUGAGAUUUGACAAACAACGUGCAAUUCGUCGAAAACAAAACAUUCACUAACUUCAUCUACCAGAUAAAAAUAUUUUAUCUUAGAGAAGACUAUGUACAUAUAUAAAAAUAUAUAUAUAGUAUUUGUAUGGUUGUGGUUUAUUAAUCAGACAUUCCCAUUUAUAUUAUAUAUUAACUUGUAUUCUUUUUUUUUUUUAAUUAUUUAAAUAUUUUAAAAUUUUUUGUUUACAAAAUUAAUACAUACAAAAUUAUUUUGAAAUAUUUACAUUAACUCUACUUUAUUUUGAUUAGGAAAUAGUUUCCAAGUAUAUUAUGAAAACAAUACUUUAUUUGGUAGCUGUAUAUAAAUGUUUUGAUGUAAUUUAAAUUAUUGCCAAAGUCGAACUUUAAUAAUUAAAAAAUGCAAUAAUUUUAAAUCUUGCAUUAAAAAUCUAACUAUAUUGUAUUUUACAUUUAAGUAAAUGGUGAAAUUGUUAGCUUAUAUAAAGAUAAGCUGAUGUAAUUAAUAUAGAAAAGAAUAAAUUUGAAUGUAUUUAUAUUCAGA